AUGGACAGUUCAAAUGAAACCGUCGACGAUCCAUGGAAAUGGUUUUGCUGCAGUAAUUCCUCCCUCUGGACGAACAAUGAUGUAGUACGGACGGUCUGUCUGAUUGACAUUGUCAAUUUCAUCUCUCACACUGCCUGUUUUGCCCUGUCGUCGCUCAUCCUGCUGAUCUUAACAUGUUGCUCCUGUCGGAAAGGAUGGGAUUUAAAAUAUCUGAAAAGGUAUCCUCUGCAUUCUGCUCAGUGGAUCUUAAUGCUCCUCGUCAUCUUACUCGACCUCUUCUCCGUCUCUGAGGGGCUCCUCACCGACGAAUCCUUCCGUGUCAAUGGGCUCGCCGGGAUCGCAUACCCCACCCAGCCGCACCUCUACGUCCCGCAGCUCUGCGCGCUGGCGUCAGCUUUCAUGGCAAUGCUGUGCUAUCACUUCAUGGAGGCAUGGCGGCUGCCUCAGUUGGCCUGGCUGCUGAUGGUCUACUGGGGUGUCUCCUUGAUCGGGGAGCUGCUGCAUCUCCUGGGGAUCGUCAGGCUGGAGCUUGGGUCGGUUGCUGUGCUCCGAUUUGACCUUUCCGUGCUCUCACUUGUGGUGUACUUCGGACUGUUUGCUCUGCAAGUUAACAACAUCAGGGUGAAGAUUUGCAGGUCCAAGAGAACAUCUCACAAGUACGACCCUCUGGCUCCCAAGGACACCAUGAAGUUCACCCAAGAGUUCAGCAGCUUCAUCUCUGAGGUGACUUACGGGUGGCUCAACUGGGUCUUCCGGCUCGGCUACAAGCGACCCUUGGAGAUGGAAGACCUCGGGCAGCUCCCCGAGGUCCACUCGGCCAGCUACAUCCACGAGAAGUUCAAGGAAGCCUUCAAGAAGGAACAGGAGAGGGCGAAGUCCAAGGGUCUGAAGCCCUCCCUGUGGCGAGUCUACUGGGCUAUCCAUAGAUGGAGGUUGGUGUUUGCGCUCUUCCUGAAGCUGACUGGCGAUAUGUGCGGGUUUGUCGGACCCUUGGCGCUCAAUAGCAUCAUCUUGUGGGUGGAAAGAGUCAAGGAUGAAUCUCAGGUACCCAGUGAGCCCCAUUUCAUCACAGUGUCGGAGUUCUUUCAACACGGCUUGGUCCUGGUCGCAGUCACGUUCAUCGCUGCGUGUAUUCGUACGCUGCUGUUGCAGACGUUUGAGUAUUGGUGCUCCCUGGUGGGAAUCCACAUCCGCUCCGCAAUACAGACGAUGGUAUUUGAGAAGUCCCUUCGCAUCUCUACCUUCGUCCUCUCCAGCGGUGAGAUGACCACGGGACAGAUCACCAACCACAUGUCCACGGACGCCAAAAAUGCCUCCGACAUGAUGGAGUUUCUCUGCUGGAUGGUGACCGUGCCUAUACAGAUUGGAGUUACCGUGAUGCUCCUGAUCUUUCAGUUGGGUUAUUCUGCUGCUCUGGGCUUGAUGAUCUUUGUCCUCAUAGCUCCUGUUCAACUUGCUUUGGGGAGAUACAUGGCCAAGCUAGAGAAACAAACUUUGGUUUUGUCCGACAAACGUCUCAAACUGUGCAGCGAGGUACUACAGGGGAUCAGACUACUCAAAACGUACGGCUGGGAAGAUCUGUUCAGCACCAAGAUUACAAAAAUAAGACGUUCAGAAAUCUGGGUAAUGGGCAAGUCGAGUGUGUGCUAUGGGGUCAUAGGUUCAGUGACAGAUAUAGCCUCCCUUAUGGUGACACUAGUGUCUUUCGGCACCUUCACGGCCUUCAAUGGUGAGGUCCUGACCCCCGAUGUGGCUUUCUCCUGCCUGUCCCUCUUCAUGCUCCUAGUAGAACCUCUCUACCUGUUCCCCCAGUCCCUGUCAGUCACCGUCACCGGUGCCAUCAGCACAGGGCGUCUGGCAGCAUUCCUGGCCGCGCCCGAGGUGGAUAUGAAGACGCUGAAGGCCAUUGAAGUGAAAAAGAAAGAAGAACCUGAAAUUGUGGAAAGCGGUGAAAUGCAUACACCCGACAAUGACAAAGAUCCUGAGGUCUCUUUCACUGACGGCGGCACGGAGGUGCCGUUACUCAAGAUGAAAAAGCAGCACUUCAAGGACUCCAAUGCCUCAUUGCACUCCUCCGUCAGCCAAGACACUACCUGCUCCAACGUCUCAACGGACUCAUCCGGUCUGGACUCACUGACGGGCCUGCCGAGAAGCAUUGCAAUCAAGAUUGAAAAUGGUUGCUUUGCCUGGGAUCCAGAGAGUUCUGAACCAGUACUUCAGGAUAUUAAUGUCACAAUUCCAGCAGGAAAGUUGACAAUGGUCGUUGGAACAGUCGGAAGUGGGAAAUCCUCACUAUUGUCGGCCAUCUUGGAAGAAAUGACGCUACAGGACGGGAGCUUACUGGUCAACAGAAGCAGGAAUUCCAUUGCCUAUGCGGGGCAGAAGGCGUGGAUACUGAACACGUCAUUUCAGGAAAGUAUCCUGUUUGGUCAGCCCUUCAACCGAAAGAGGUAUCGUCGCGUCAUCGCAGCCUGUGACUUGGAACCUGACAUCGCGAUGCUGCCAGCAGGCGACCAGACCGAGAUCGGGGAGAAAGGGAUCAACUUGAGCGGGGGGCAGAAGCAGCGGAUCAGCGUGGCGCGGGCCAUGUACUCUGGGCGGGAUAUCAUACUCUUGGAUGACCCGCUAUCCGCACUCGAUGUCCACGUCGGCAGCCACCUGUUCGAGCAUGGCAUUCUGGGUAUUCUGCGCAAGAAAAAGAAGACCGUCAUCUUGGCCACAAACCAACUGCAGUAUCUGGCCCAUGCUGACAAGAUUUUACUGAUGAGAGACGGGCGGAUAGCUCAGGAAGGAACGCUACAAGACCUAGUGGCAGCUGAGCCAGACCUCUACAGCGGCUACCAGAAAGCCGUCAAGGAGGUAACGGACCUGGAGUCAGAUGCCAAGGCAGAUGAGGAGUCCAGAGAGCAAGAGAUGAUGAAGAUCAGGAAGCAAAUUUCAGGGCAACAGCCGAUGUCACGAGACAAAGAGGUCGGGGAAGCAUGUGUUGAGAGAGGUCAUCUGAUGGCUGAAGAGGAGCUGGAGCGAGGCUCUGUUUCUUGGAGGGUCUACUUCUACCAUGCCAAGGCUUGUAAGCUUCCCAUAGCCUUCGUGAUACUGCUAGUGUAUCCCUUAGAAGCCUGCAUCAUUGCCAGCAGCAGUUACUGGCUGUCUGACUGGUCGGAAGCGGGAUUAAAAUAUGGAAAUGCCACAGACACCGCCUACUAUGUCAAGGUCUAUGCGGCCAUAUCAGUGGCUAGUAUAUUGAAUUCCUUCAUCCGCUCAGCGGCUAUAGUUGUAGGCCUACUCAUAGCGGCACGGCAUGUUUUUAAGCUCAUGCUCAGUAACGUCAUUGGCAUGCCCAUGCGAUUCUUUGACACCACUCCCAUAGGUCGCAUCAUGAACAGAUUCUCAGCAGACACAGAAACUGUAGAUUCGCUGAUGACAACCAUUGACUUAUUCCUCUUCCACCUGAUGAGCAUCCUAGCUGCUUUAAUCAUCAACGCCAUCAUCAGUCCGAUCUUCCUCGUCUUCACCUUACCCUUCUGUGUCUUCUACUACUUCAUCCAGAAAGUCUUCAUCACAACCUCCAGAGAGCUCAAGAGACUGGAAAGCAUCACCAGAUCGCCCAUUUUUGCCUUCUUUUCUGAAACCCUUGGCGGAUUGUCUUCUAUAAGAGCAUACCGCAAGCACCAGGCAUUUUUUGACGACAUCGUGGAGCGAGUGGCCACCAACAACAUAGCAAACAUGUACCUGCAGACAAGUAUAAAAUGGCUGGCAGUCAGAUUGGAUUUAGUGGGUGCAUUUGUUGUACUGAUAUCGGGCCUAACAACUGUACUGGGCGCCCUUCACGGCACUGUGGACUUAAGUCUUGUAGGCCUGGGCAUCAGCUAUGCACUCACGGUUUCAAUGUUACUGCAACACUUGGUGAAGCACAUGGCUGAGCUUGAAAUGGAGAUGAACGCUGUGGAGAGAGUCAAGCACUACGCCACACUAACAACCGAAUCCUACCAAGGUAUGGAGCCUCCCUCUGAUUGGCCAUCUAAAGGAGCCAUCUCUAUUGAAGACAUCUCGGUGAGAUAUGCCGAGGAGCUAGAUCCAGUACUGAAGGAUGUGACCGUCCAUAUACAGGCCGGAGAAAAGGUUGGGAUCUGUGGUCGCACUGGUAGCGGCAAAUCCUCCCUCACGUUAGCUCUCCUUCGCAUAGUCGACACGUACAGAGGUCGCAUAUUAAUUGACGACAUCGACAUUGCCAGCGUGCCGCUGACGACUCUCAGGCGAAGCCUGGCCAUGAUACCUCAGGACCCGGUUCUCUUUGAGGGAACCAUCAGGAUGAAUCUUGAUCCCGAGUAUCGAAAGAAGGAGAAGGAAUUAUGGGAUGCCCUGGAGACAGCCCAGCUCAAAGAACUUGUCAUGUCCAUGGAAGAGAGAUUAGAUUCACAGGUGUUGGAGGGCGGGGAGAACUUCAGCAUCGGGCAGCGACAGCUCUUCUGCUUGGCUCGCGCCUUCCUGCGCAACACCCCCGUGCUGAUAAUGGAUGAGGCCACUGCGUCGAUCGACGUGGAAACUGACAGAAUUCUUCAGCAAGUCGUCGCCACAGCUUUUGCCUCCAAAACUGUACUGACAAUCGCACACCGUGUGGCCACCAUCUUGGACUCUGACACCAUUUUGACCUUGAGCCAGGGCGAGGUCAUAGAGCACGACACGCCUGCAAACCUUCUAGCCAAUCCGGACAGCGUGUUUGCCUCUCUCGUCAAUGCCAACCAAUAGGGUAACAGGCAGCAGAUGUGGAUGGGAUACCUGACCCAAUCCUAGGGGGCGGGGAGUCUAGAGGGGCCGCCCCCUUUCCGGGCAAGCAAUCCCCCCCCCCCCCCCAGGCAAGCAAUUGCCCCCCCCCCCCCCCCCAUUAGCAAAAACCAUAAACAUACACAUUGUCUAGAAUAGUGUUUUUCUUGGGGUGUGCCUCCCUAGCUGGCACUGUGGUCCCUUCCCCCUCCUCCCUACCCCCCCCCUACCCCCCCCUCCUCCCUCCUCUUAAUUGAAACUUACCCAGAUUGAUGGUAAGAUGAUUUAUUUCAGUUUGGAUUGAUGGAGGAGAUUGCCCAGAUUGCCCAAUUUGACUGCGAAGUGAAGGUUUCGAAAAUAUCUUUUUGGAUGGAAUGUAUUCCUUGAAAGAAAAGUAUGAGUUUCUUUCAAGGUAUCUCUUAUGGGUAGCACGGAGUAGGGUGCAAAUUUCCAAUUGCAAUAUGUCUGUAUAUGCAAUCUUUGACCAUGAAAUAAUGGAUAUAUGAAUUAAGUUUACAAAUAAAAUAAAAAUAGUUUUAUCUACUCGCGGGUAAGUUGGUAAGAUUUAAAGCAAGUCGACACCGGUGUGCUUUAUGGAAGUUGCAUUCAUGUACUUAAAAAUUACCAUUUAUGCAUUUGUUUUUUAAAUGAUAAACAAUCAUUGAAGACACAUUUACUUUCAAUUACUUAGAAUUUUAGUACAGGCUUAACAGUAAAAUGAAGCCACCCCGAAAGGAAUAUUAUAUACAUUUUAAGAUUUAAAAUAUUCUUUUGAAAUGUGUUGUUUUUUUUUAUUUAAAUAUUGGGUAAAACAAACUUUGACCAAAGAAAUUUUAUAACAUUUUGUAAUCUUUCAGUAAAUUUUGGAUUUUUGUGUUUUUAUUACUGUGGUUUGUAUAAAUUUGCAUAAUUAUUGCAUACGUUUAUUGUGCGAUAUCACUGUGAACUAUCAGCAUUAAAUCAGAGGACCUUGCUUUGA